AUGAAAUUCUUCGAGAACAAAUCUACCUACGACUAUUCUUUCCCUGCUGUCUCUCUCGCCUACUUCCUCCGCUAUCCCAACCCCUACUCCCGCCAUGUCCUCACCACCGACGUGAUCGAUCGCUAUGUCGAUCCCAGCACCCAACGCCUUCAUACCACUCGACUCCAUCUGAAAAAGUCCAAAAUUCCGGCCGGAAUCCUGAAAUUAUUGCCCAAGGGAAUGGGUGGCUCGGACAAUUCCGGCCAGAGCUACAUCCUCGAGACCACUAUCGUGGAUCCGCGGGAAGGCUGGAUGGAGACCGAAUCACGCAACAUGGAAUGGACCGGCAUCCUCAGCGUCGUGGAAAAACAGCGAUACCAGCGCCUCCACGCUGAUAAUGAUGUUCGCGCCCUUGAUGGUCUCUCCAUCGAUCAGCGAGCCGAACAGACCACCGUGCGCACCACUGUGACAUUCAAGUCUCGACUCGGACAGGGCAAAUUGCUUGGCAGGAAGAAAGCGGAUCACACCGAGGGGGAGGAUGAAGCACCUAAGAAGGGAUUUUUCUCCUCUCUGUCCACUGCUGGUAUCCAGCGGACCAUCGAGUUGAUCGGCGUGAGUCGUACUCGAGAUGCCGUGCUGAAAAGCAAGGAGGGAAUGAAUGUCGUCCUGGAACGCCUGCGCAGUGGUGGUAUUGUCGGUGUUCUGGAAGGUAUGCGACGAGACCGCGAGGCAUUGGGACUCGAUAAGGCCUUGGCGCGUGUGUAG